GAAACGCCCAGUCUGUUUUCUCCGCUUCUACUCAUAGAAUUCUCAUUCCCUCGUUCAAUGGAGAGUGUGAUGUCGUUGAAAUCAGCAGCAGCAGCAGCAGCAACACCUAGGGUUUCGUAUCAGACCGUUCAAUCCCACCACCGUCUUCCCCCCAACCCCAAAUUCUCAACAUCUCGGUGGUCAAUCUCGCUUCCCAUGUCCGACCGCUACAGAGGCUGUAUCCGCGCCCAACAGUCUGAGUCGAAAGAUGGAUCAGUAACACUUUCCCCAGUUAAUGAGUCAGAAGAAAAUGCUGUCAAAAACAAGGAGCUGGAAGUGGGGAGUAACGAAGAAGUAGCUGCUGAUAGCCAGGGUAUAACGAUCAGAAGGCGGCCAUCGACUGGACCUCCCUUACAUUAUGUAGGCCCUUUCGAGUUCCGCAUACAGAGCGAAGGUAACACUCCCCGCAACAUAUUAGAGGAGAUUGUGUGGAACAAGGACGUGGAAGUCACACAGCUGAAAGAGAAAACCCCUUUGGCUAAGAUGAAGAAAUGGGUUGAGAAUGCUCCUCCAGUCCGAAAUUUUGUCAGAGCUCUGAGGACAUCAAAUUUACGGACUGGACUGCCUGGGUUAAUCGCGGAAGUGAAGAAGGCUUCGCCAAGUAGAGGAGUUUUAAGAGAGAAUUUUGAUCCGGUGGAAAUUGCCCAGGCUUAUGAGAGAGGUGGAGCAGCAUGCAUCAGUGUUUUGACCGACAAGAAAUAUUUCCAGGGAAGUUUCGAAAACCUGGAGGCCAUACGGAAUGCUGGAGUGAAGUGCCCUCUAUUAUGCAAAGAGUUCGUUAUAGAUGCAUGGCAAAUUUUCUAUGCCCGAAGUAAAGGUGCAGACGCGAUUUUGUUAAUUGCUGCUGUUUUACCGGAUGCUGAUCUCAAAUACAUGACUAAGAUAUGCAAGAUGCUUGGAAUGGCAGCGCUUAUCGAGGUACACAAUGAGGGGGAAAUGGACCGCGUUCUAGGAAUAGAUGGUGUUCAACUUAUAGGCAUCAACAACCGUGACCUUGGAACAUUUGAGCUUGAUAUUAGUACUACAAAGAAGCUUCUUGAAGGAGAGCGUGGGCAACUGAUCCGUCGUAAAGACAUAGUUGUGGUUGGGGAGUCUGGGCUUUUUACUCCUGCUGAUAUUGCUUAUGUACAAGAAUCUGGUGUUAAAGCAGUAUUGGUUGGAGAGUCUAUUGUGAAAAAGGAUGACCCUGCGCAGGGGAUAACUGAGCUUUUUGGCAAAGACAUUUCCUUGUAAUUUCAUUUUAGGAACUCUCUUUUGUUCCCCUCUGCUCUCUUUUGUUCCCCUCUGUAGCCAGCGGCCAAGUUACCUAAAUCUGAGCAGUUUUGUGUUGUAGUAUUGUUGCAGUUCUCCUGUUACACAGUUUAUUACAUUCCGUACUGUAGAGUGCACUCAAAAGAAAUUGCUGUAUCAUGGAAACUUCUUUUCAGCACUGAAUAUAGUGAAAUUUUACUAGCAAAA